GGCUGUAGCAAGCGUUGCGCGCGUCGCAUAACGUCAUUGGAGUGGAGGGCGGAGUCUCGUGCCGCCCUGCGUCGUGGCGGCAGUCAGUGUCCGGCCGGCGCGCGCCCCGUACGGCUCCAUGGUAGAACACACGCAGGCGGACUGCUCUCAGGCGGGUGCCAUGCAAACUCUAACCCCUCAGCCGCAUCGCGAUGCCGACGACGACCAGCUCGCCGACGAGUACGUACAAAACUUCGAACUGGAUCAUCUGGAAGAUAAUCAUUUCGUGAAACGCGAGCCACUGAAAGGCGGUUGGCGCGAUCUCGUAGAAUCGCUGCCCGCCUGUGCCCGCGCUUACAGACAAUGGCCCGACGCCGGCCCUUAUCCGCAGCCUCACGUAGCGAUCGCAGUCGAUCCCAGCACGCCGCCGGAAACGCCGCCCGCACUCGUAGUCCGCAGUCCCUGCCGCGCUCAGCCCGGCGACGACAUCGUGUGGCUGCCUCACAUGCGAGAACCGCUCGACAUGCGCACCGUUCCUUGCGGCAGCUAUGAGGAGUGGGACCGGCGCGAGUGGAGAGAGCAGGACCACCACAUACAGCAGGUGGGCAUGCGCCCGCCCAGCUCGUGCUCGGCCAUCUCGCCGCGCGGCCCGCACCCGUCGUACCAGCCCUCGUCCUGCGGGGACGACCUCAUCAGCGACGACAUGCUCAUGACCUUGAGCGUGCGCGAGCUCAACAAGCGCCUGCACGGGUUCCCGCGGGACGACGUGACCCGCAUGAAACAAAAGCGCCGUACGUUGAAGAACCGCGGCUACGCGCAGAACUGCCGCAGCAAACGGCUGCAGCAGCGCCAGGAGCUGGAGCUGGCGAACCGCUCGCUGCAGAACGAGGUGCACCUGCUGCAGCUGAAGGUGGCGCGCGUGUCGCACGAGUGCGACGUGCUCAAGCAGCGGCUGGCGCUGGCGGAGCGCGAGCACGCCGUGCCGCAGCACGCCGGGCACGCGCCGCCCACGCCGCACGCCUCGCCGGAGUUCUUCUCGGAGCUGUGACGGCAGGGCGCGGCGCCGCGGUCCGCCGCCGCCUCCGCCUCCGCCUCCGCCUGCGCCUGGCAGCGAUACUGAACCACUGCGAUGACGGACUGCUCGUGCUUUUGUUAAGUUUGAAAAGUAAAUCAUAAUUAUAAUUAUCAUCAGUUCCAGUUUUAUAGUUUUUUAAUGGUGGAACAUUGAAGCCGUCAACGAGACGGCUAUUCAAACACCGUGUUAAAUGUAUGGUUGUGUCGUAUAUUCAUAGUUCGUUAAAGUAUAUUAUGUAUUAUUAAAAAUUAUACAUAAGUUAACAUGAUGCAACUAAUUAAUCGAAUAAUUGUAAAUAGUCACAUAAUUAAUAUCUAACGAAUAUUAAC